CAACCUAAGCAUUAUGAAAUGUGUCAAGUCAUCUUCGGUAAACAUCGAUAGUCACCGUCAACUGGUCGUGAAAGAGUUAAAAACUGUGAAAGAAAAGUUAUGUCUCAAAUACUAACUGUUUGAUACAUUUUUAUUGCGAAAUUUUAUGUGAUGACUGCAGUUUUCUAGAGAUAUGUUGUCUUCAGAUACAAACGAAUCUUAUGGAUCUCGGGAAAUGGUGCACAAUGGAUACAGUCGUUCAUCAACUCCAGAUAGUUCUGCUUCGAGUAGACUGGCUGCUCAACUGGAAAGAUCAGCAUAUCGACGAUCGAGAAGUAAAACAAGAAGAAAACCCAGUUCAAAACGAGGAGAUGCUGAUUCAGGCAGUAUUUCGCCUAGAAAAACAUCGCGAAGUAGGAAUUUAAAGCAAGAAAAAAGAAGUAGCUGGUAUAAUGAAGAUGAAAUUGAUACAAAUAUUGUUUAUGAUUUGGUCAAUGGUGGUACAACAAUGCCCUCAGUUACGAGAUUUGAGUCCAACUUUGACAAACAAAUCACAGCCAGUUCAGCUUUAGGUAACUCUGAAAAGAUGGAUAUGCAAUCAAAUGAAGAUGUUUUUUGUGAGAAUGAAGAAGAAAUGUAUGUAGUAAACUCUUAUCAUAUUAAUGAAGAAAAGUACAAUUCUACUUUGCAACCAAGACUACCUUUACCAUCUAAAGAAAUCAAUAGCAAAUCACCUGAAAGAAAGAAUUUCACAAUUAUGAAUUCAAAAGCAUCACGAAAUGAGAAGGUUGACAGUCGGUUGUAUGACAAAAAAAAUAAUAGCAUUAGAUACAACAAUAUCAGUAAAGUAAGGUUUGAAGAAAGUUGGAGUGAGGCUUCUGUUAGGAAAUGUGAAUAUAGAGUUCGUGAAGCUUCUGGUAUAAGUAUUCCAAACCGUGAUGAAUCCUCUCGUUCAGAGGUCCAGCGCACUAUUGUUGUUAAUGGUGAAAAGAAUACUUUAGAUUCUAGGAAAAUCAAAGAAUUAAAUUCAGAUAGAGUAGAUAAAGCAGAAAAAUCUCUUCAGAAUAAAAAAACUAAGGUUGAAUCAACAAAUUCUAAAAAUGAUAUUUUUGAUAAGAGCAACAGUGAAUAUGGUCAAAUUGUUGAUAGUAGCAAAGGAUUUAUUACUAAUAGGAAUGAUGCUAACACCAACGUUAAUCCUGGAUAUAGGUGUAUGGUUGAUAGUAACGUAGAAUUUAGUAGUAAUAGAAAUGAGGCUAAUGGCAAAGUUAACAAUGGACAUAUGCUAAUGGUUGAUAGUAAUAUAGGAUUAAAUGAUAACAGGAUUGAGGCAAAUGGCAAGGUUAACGGUGGAUACAGGCAUAUGGUUGAUAGUAAUGUAGGAUUAAAUGAUAACAGGAUUGAGGCAAAUGGCAAGGUUAACGGUGGAUACAGGCAUAUGGUUGAUAGUAAUGUAGGUUUAAAUGAUAACAGGAUUGAGGCAAAUCGCAAGGUUAACGGUGGAUAUAGGCACAUGGUUGAUAGUAAUGUAGGCUUAAAUGAUAACAGGAUUGAGGCAAAUGGCAAGGUUAACGGUGGAUAUAGGCAUAUGGUUGAUAGUAAUGUAGGCUUAAAUGAUAACAGGAUUGAGGCAAAUGGCAAGGUUAACGGUGGAUAUAGGCAUAUGGUUGAGGGUAAUGUAGGUUUAAAUGAUAACAGGAUUGAGGCAAAUGGCAGGAUAAACAAUAGCGAAAUUUCUGAGAGUGCACCAGGGCAAUUGAAAAAUAAUCCACUUGAUGAUUCAAAACCUUUAGGACUACGUCAGCUUAUUAAAAUUCACGAAAUUCAGAUCGCUGAAGUUGCAAAAAGCGCUGCCUUGUUGAAAAAACCAGAAAAAGCUCACGAAGGACGCUUGGUAAAAGUGAAGAUUGUACCUGAAACCAAGCAAUCUUACGUCAAACAUAAUAAUGUCGCUAAAGUGACCUUUACUGGAAACAUACCUAGUUCACAGAAUACAGUUCGGAAAAUGCUUCGUUCAGAAGGAGCAAAGGAUCUUCUUGAGAAUAACGAUGGUAACGAAGUUCUAGAAAACGUAAAAGCUAAAGGUGCCAGGCGGAAAAGGUGUACUGUUGAAAUGAGAAGGAAAUCUCCCAUACAAGAAGACCAAAGAUGGAAACGUCAUACUGCUAUUGGUUUAGUUGGCUUUGACUAUCAAGAACAUGAAAUACAACGGGUGGAGUGGUCACCGCAGUGUAAUCAUGAUGCGAGAUUAUUUAAUGAUGAGAACGAUGAAAAAAUGGAUUGGGAACGAAAGUUACUUAGUGAAACCGGAAGACAAUUUGUCGACGAGAAAAGAAGUAAAAAUGAAAAGAAUAGUCAGAAAACAGAAACAGUAAAAAAUAUCAAAAAAAAUAAAUCGUUUGAAAAAGACGAUAACGUAAAACUUAUUGAGAGUAGUGAUUCCGAUGUUCCACCUGAACGUCCUCCUCUACCAAAGGAUUUUUCCAACAGCGAUGAAAAAAUUGUUUCAAGACACCCCUCUUUAGUUAAUGAAGUUUCUCUUAAAAAUUCCAGCAAACUGAAAACAGAUUGUGUUCCUGAUGUCGGUUACAAAUCGGCUGUUGAACGCAGACCGUCAUUUGAAAAUAACAGGAUUAUAGAAGUUCUUCCAAACAUGGAGUAUUCUCCCAGUUUCGGUAAAUUCAAGAAACCCGCAUUGAUUGAACAAACUCAUCUUGUUCCCCUGUCUAGUAGCUUGCCCGCUAUCCAUGUCUCUAGUACGUUUGAGCAGAUUGAGGAGAACAGCGCAUUACAGAAUGAAGCGAAAGAAAAGGACAACAUUCUUGGAAAAACUAGAACUACAAGAGAGAUGUACGAAGAAAGAUUAUCCCGAAUUAACUUGAUUCCCCUGGAUUUAACUGAAACACAAACAGCCAAUGAAGAUGACAGUAGUCAUAAAUGUUUAGAGUUGGAUGUGUCCUCUAAUGUUCACUCUCUAGAUAAAGAUAAUUACAAAUGUAAACUUCGAACGUGUAUGAACCAAUUGGAGACAAUGACGAAGCAGAAAGAAGAUCUUGAAAAGAAUUUUGAACUUGAGAGACGUAACUGGAUAAGGAAAUACGAAGAACAGCAAAAGGUUGCUAACGCUUAUCAAAAGCUAGAAGACCGUUAUCGUCGGCAAGUCCAAGAAUUGCAGGAAGCAUUAAAAUCAUGUAAAUGCCAAGAUGCAAGAGCCAGAAAAUCUUUGUCUCAUGCAAAUUUUAGGAAACCUAAGGAUUCGUUCACAAACCAAGCACAGUCUAUUCUUGGUGAAACCGAAGAAUGGUUGAAAGCGCAAUCAAUACGUUCUGAUAUAACAUGUAAUUUAGAAAAUAUGAGCAAUAUAAAAAUAAGUAAUGGAACGAAUUUGCAUCUUUCGAGGACAGAUAUGGAUGUUGAAAAAACGUUGUGUAUGGACUACAAGGAUUAUACUUUUUCCUCUGGCAUUGAUCAAUAUAAUGGAACGAGUGUUUGACAACUUCGUCUGUCAUGAAAUAUCUUUGAAGUAAUAUGUUAAUUAUAUUUUUUAUUUGUCGA